AUGGGUGUGGGCGGGAUAGAAAAGGCAGGGGAAGAAGGGGGGCAGCAGUUGUUUCAUGCUGGACUCAAGAGAUGUGGACUGGACUCCAGUGCUGCUGGCAAGAGACCAAGGAGGUCACGUGGAGCAGGGAAGGAGUUGAGCGGAGUAGCUGCAGCUGGGGUUGGGGGAGUGGGGGGAGUCAGCAGAGUUGGGGGAGUGGGGGGAGUAAGUGGAGUAGGGGGAGUGGGGGGAGUAAGCGGAGUAGGGGGAGUGGGGGGGGUAAGCGGAGUUGGGGGAGUGGGGGGAGUAAGCGGAGUUGGGGGAGUUAGGGGAGCAAGCGGAGUUGGGGGAGUGGGGGGAGUAAGCGGAGUUGGGGGAGUGGGGGGAGUAAGCGGAGUUGGGGGAGUGGGGGGAGUAAGCGGAGUUGGGGGAGUGGGGGAACAAGGUGGAGUUGGGGCAGCCGGCGGUGGUGGGCGUGGCUCAGUGGGGGGCGAGGGUGGUGGGCGUGGCUUAGUGGGGGGAGAGGGCAGAGAGAUGGAGUUGAGCUCAGCACGUGGUUUUCACUGUUGUGCUGCUGCAUGCUGUCCUGCCACUGCCACCCCUCCCCUGCCUACUGUGGUGGCAGCGUUGCCUUCCCCUAAUGUCCAACAGAAUCCACCAGUCCACCCGGGAACUGGUGAAAAGAUCUACAACCAGGUGGAAGAAGGUACGAGCAGGUGGAACAAGAACCUCCUUUGCUGCCAUGUCCCCACCAAUGUCUCUGGUCUUGCUGUCCCAGCUCUUGCUGUUUCUGCUGUUUCUUUCACCGCUGCAUCCUCACUCUCCUUACACCCGUGUGCUCUCCCUUCGCCUUCUUCUUCCUCCGUGGCUGUCCUUUCCUCACCCCCAUCCCCAUCUUCCCCUCUUCCCCCCCAUCCUCCUUUCCCCCCUCUUCCGCCCCCCCAAACCACCUCCCUCCCCCCCUUAAAUCCUCUAUCCCCCUCUUCCUUCGAAAUCCUUCCUUGUACCAUGCCCUUUGAGCUGCAUCACUGGACGGGCGUUCACCACAUCCUGCUCAAGCCGCCCGCUCGAGAACUCAAGGACCGCCAAUACCCAUUGGUGGGCGAUAACGGGAAGUACAUCCGAGCUUUUCUGCAUCGGGAUUGCAGCGAUUUCCAGGUUACGCUCAUGCUAUCCGAUUCAAAGGAAGAGGCAGCAAGGUCGCGGGAGCUGCUGUUUCUGGUGCGAAACCCCAGCGCCAACUGGCACCUGUACCAGUACCUCACCGCGUCAGACCUGAACCUGGUUCACAAAGACUUGCUCACCAGGGAGCUGGCAGAUGCAUUUUGGGACGUGCUGCGGCAGGAUAUAGGCACCAUUCGUUUGCACAACUUUCGGCCGCUGGUGUUUGACGGCUACUUCAACAACAGUGCCUUCAUGGAUGUAGCCAAAUGCCUCGCCAUCCUUCGCCAGCGGCAGCAAGAGCGGGAGCGGCAGCAGCAGCAGCAGCAGCAGGAGGAGGAGGAGGAGGAGGAGGAGGAGGAGGAGGAGGAGGAGGAGGAGGAGGAGGAGGAGGAGGAGGAGGAGGAGGAGGAGGAGGAGGACCGACCAGUACCCCCCCAAACCCCUCCGUGUGUCUAG